AUGUCCGAUCAAUUGCCAUCGCCAAUGCCGACCCAUGAUUCCGACGUCGUACGCGAGGACUCCCCUGCCCUCAAUCCCGAAACCCUAAGUCCCACUCCCACCGACCCGCCGCCGCCGCCGCCGCCGCCGGAAAAUUUCGAUCCUUCGUCGCAUCCCCGUCCCGAUGAGGAAGCCAACUGCCCGGACGACGAGGAAGAAGUCGACGAUGACGACGGCGGAGAUGUACACGUGGACCCCCCAAUCACAGCCGCCGCCACGUCACCCUCCGGCGGCCCGAUCACCAGAAGAGAAGUUGCAACCUUGACGGCGAAUUUGAACCCUGUCCCCUUCAUACCUAACAAAAUCCUCGAUUUCGCCAAGCACGAGAAGCUUCUAAAGAAGCUCGGCCUGUGGGAUUUUGUUCACAUCGACUUGGAUCGAAACAUAAGGGUCGACAUGAUUGCACAGUUGGUUGCUACCUACGAGCCCCCUGCUGGUUAUGUCGAUGGUUUUAGAAUUACGGUCAGUAGAGCUGAUCUGGCUCGUGCUUUCAAGCUGUCUGAGAAGAAGAAAGGAAAUGCAGACGAUGAGCCCCUGUCGGAUGCGUCAGUAGGGUUCGUUAGCGAGCUCGUCUCGGAUUGGAUGCUUUUGCACGAGGACACUUGGAUAAUGCCGAAGGAGGUGAAAGAGUGGUUUGAGCUGAUAACAAACGGGCACCCGGAGAAAGUUGAUUGGGCUAGCCUGUUCUGGUUUAUGGUGGAGAAGGAGUUGAAACAAGGGUGUGAGCUAAAAGACUGUCACUACGCGUCCCAUUUGCAGCACUUGAUCAAGUUUCAACGUAAGGAUCUGUUUUGGAACAAGCAAUUGGAAUGUGAGCAUGCUACGGAAGAUCUUGAUGAAAUGCAUGAGAGAGAUGAUAUUGAUUUGAAUAUGGUUGGCGAAGAAAUUAACAAUCUUGGAGCGAAGAUGGAACUGUCACUCGGAAAGGAAGGUGAAAAAGAAGAAGGCGUGAAAGAGGAAGAGAGAGAGGACGAGCAAGGGCAGUGGCUUUUGAAUGGUAAAAACGAGUUUGGGGAGUAUUUAAUGAGGUGUGAUGCGGAAAAUUCCGAGGCAUUUGGGAGCUUUGCGGAACAAAUUGAGGAGGAAGAAGAAGAAGAUGAAAAUGAUGAUGAGAAUAAAUUUGGUUUAUUUUCUUGCCACAACGAUUCUCUUGCCGGAGAUGGAUUUUCCGGCAACUUACUUCCGACGAUAGAGGAGAACCAGAUGGCCUUCAACUCACAAGUUCAUCUCCGUGGGCAAUCUUCAGUGGAUAUGAGUGUUGACGAUAUGCCGACUUUCUUCACCAACAGAGGCAAAAGGUUACUCGAGCAGCACGAUGAAACACAUCUCAUGCAUCAUCAUGAAAGGAACAAGAAACUGAGAAUCAGCAAUUUCGGGACGUGUAUGGAGCAGAUUCAGAAUGUGGCCGAUAGAGCGAGAAUGCUGUACGAGGAGAAAGCACGCGUGCUCGAUCAGACGAGCACGAACCAGCAGAUUAUGCUCUCUAAGUUGCAAAAACGCGAUUCGGUUAUCGAGCACUUGCACCAGAUCAGGUACGAAGAGGCGCAGAAAAAAGACCGCGAGAUUUACCGGCUCGAACGCGAGCUUUAUGUGAUGGGGAGCGUAUUGGAAGGUUACAGGAAGGCUCUGAAGGAAACUCAGAGGGCAUUUGUGGAAUAUCGCAAGGAGGAGUUUAAGAUGAAUUGCUUUAUUUUCGAGGAGAAGAUGAAUGGAAUUGUGGAGGAUUGGGAUGGUCAGUUUAGCAUCUUUUCGGAUAAAGUUAGCAGUUUGGAAAAGAAGUUGACGGGUCUUGAGGCCGAUGCGAAAGAGCUGAUUGGACUGCGCCGGAAUUCGAAAAACGAUGCAAAUUGA